AAACGGCCUUCUCCACAGAUAGGGGCCAUUGGCAGUUCAAGGUGCUGUGCUUCGGGCUCUGUAAUGCUCCUGCCACCUUUGAGAGGCUCAUGGACAGAGUGCUGGCGGGGGUUCCGAGAGACGAGUGUGUUGUGUACCUAGACGACAUAUUGGUGCACGGCACAUCGUUUGAGGGGGCACUGGGGGCAAUUAGGCGAGUGUUGGAGAGAAUCUCGGGGGCGGGGCUAAAAUUACAUCCGGGAAAGUGCCAUUUCAUGCAAAGGGAGGUGGCGUUCCUGGGGCAUCAGCUGGGUGGUGAGGGCAUCAGCACGAUGCCAGACAAAGUAGAGGCUGUGAGGGGGUGGCCAGUUCCAGGGGGAAAAAAAGAGGUUAAGAGCUUCCUGGGACUGGCAUCCUACUAUCGUAGGUUUGUGAAGGGGUUUGCGGGGGUAGCGGCUCCUUUGAACCAGCUACUCAAGGAGGACACUGUUUUUCAGUGGACCGAAGAGCACCAGCGGGCGUUUGAGGCCCUCAAACGGGCCCUGAUGGAGGCCCCUGUCCUGGCCUCACCAGACCCGAACCGUCCGUUCAUCCUGGACACCGACGCAAGCAAUGAGGGGUUGGGGGCUGUGCUGGCUCAGCGGGGUCCUGAUGGGGAACACGUAGUAGCUUAUUACAGCAGGACUUUUGAUAAGGCUGAAAAACGCUACUGCGUGACAAGGAGAGAGCUUUUGGCUGUCGUGGCAGCAGUACGCCAUUUCAAGUACUACCUGGGGGGCCUGCCGUUUGUGGUCCGGACGGAUCACUCCGCCCUGCAGUGGCUUCUCUCCUUCAAGGAGCCAGAGGGUCAGAUUGCCCGCUGGCUGGAGGAGCUACAACCCUACGACUUCCAGGUGGAGCACAGAGCCGGCCUUCGCCACAGCAAUGCGGACGCCUUGUCCCGCCGCCCGUGUGCUGAGGAUGGCUGUGGGUACUGCGCCAAACGGGUGGAGCGAGAGAGAGAACUGUGCAGGGAGGAGGGAGUCACCGCCACGGUGAGUCAGCUGAGUGUGGCAGAGUGCCGGGAGCUUGAGGCUGUGGACGUUGGGGAGUGGAGGCGUCGCCAGGAGGAGGACGCAGAGCUGCGUCCUGUGCUGCGGUGGGUGGAAGAGAGAAGACGACCGCCGUGGGGGGAAGUAGCCCCUCUAUCACCAGUCACCAAAGGACUGUGGGCUAAAUUCACAGUCCUUAGAGUGGCUGAGGGAGUGCUCCAGAGGGGGUGGAAAAAGCCAGCGACUGGAGAAAUUACGUGGCAGGUAGUGGUGCCCAAAAGGCUGCAGGGAAGCGUGUUACAGCAGCUUCAUGGGGGAGUAGGCGCAGGGCAUUUUGGGGUCUCCAAAACGUUAAAGCGCAUGCGUAAAGGCUUCUAUUGGGCAAGGCACAGGAGGGAUGUGGAGGACUUUUGUAGGCAGUGCGACGAGUGUGCCGCUAAAAAAGGACCUCCAGGUCAGUCACACGCCCUCCUACAACAAUUCCCAGUAGGGGAGCCCAUGGAGAGACUGGGGGUAGACAUAGUAGGGCCGUUUCCAACCACAGACAGCGGUAACAGGUGGAUUCUAACCGCCAUGGACUACUUCACCAAGUGGCCGGAGGCUUGCGCUCUCCCAGACCAGGAGGCGGGGACAAUAGCUGAUGCGUUGGUGGGGGGAAUAAUCAGUCGGUUUGGGGUGCCACAGUCUAUUCACAGCGACCAGGGAAGAAACUUCGAGUCACGGGUGUUCUCAGAGUUGUGUAGACGGUUAGGCGCAGAGAAGACGCGCACUACUCCGCUUCACCCGCAGAGCGAUGGGCUGGUGGAAAGAUUUAACAGAACAUUAGCACAGCAGCUGGCCAUCGUUACCUCAAAACACCAGAGAGAUUGGGACACCCACUUACCGUUUAUUCUUAUGGCGUGUAGGUCGGCUGUUCAAGAAUCGACUGCGUGCUCCCCAGCACUACUAAUGUUAGGUCGUGAGUUGCGCACCCCAGCCGAACUGACGUUUGGCCACCCUCCUGAUAAUGACGACGGGGUUUUGCCUGGCCCGAACUAUGUGUGUCGUCUGCAGAACCGGUUAGAAGCGGCUCACACCUUCGCAAGAGAGCAACUCGAAAACGCAGGGGUGCGCCAAAAGCGCCACUACGACUCGCGCGCUAGGGGGAGGCACUUUGGAGCGGGAGAAUGUGUGUGGCUUCACAACCCCACGCGCAAGAAGGGGCGGUGCCCAAAGCUGGACAGUGCAUGGGUGGGGCCGUGUCUGGUGAUAGAGAGAGUGGGGGAGGUGACGUACCGGGUGGAGGUUCCCCCACGGAGCAGGAAGGUGGUGGUCCACCGGGAUCGAUUGGCACCCUACAGAGGGAGGAAAACGGUAGGGAAUGGGAGUGAGGGCUCUGAUGUGAGCCCACGGGAACAGUCUAACGAAGAGACUCUAGCACAACCUGAGCCUGGGGAGGGGGCUGCUUCUUCGGAGGGCGCUAGAAAUGACAUUGGGGCAGAGGAGCGUUCUGGGGGGCCACCGCUGAGAGUCACGGGGAGGCCCAAGAGACUGAUGCGACCUCCGGGUCGUUUUAAGGAUUUUGUUGUGUAACCCUAGGGGCUAGGGUUUAGAAAGGGGGGGGCUAUGUAACGACCCGGUAUUGUGUUCUGUGUUUGUGGGUGUGUUAUGGUUCUCAUGGCUACUAGCAGGGGUUGAAUAUGUCAGGACAGAUGGAAAGGUUGGGGGGUAUGAUGGGUAAUACCGCGGGAUUUGGAAAUGCAUAAAUAGGGAUUACUGUCUCAUUGUUCGCUCUCUUCUGUUCGUGCCUUGAUCUGUUCCUAUGAGAGUGACUCUUGACCCGACAGGGUAACAUUGUGUACGUUCGGCAUUUAGCGGCGUGGGUUGUGGCCGGAACAAUAGCCCAGUUUAUGAAUAAACCUGUGUUCUGACCUGCACACCUAGAGUCCGUCUCUUUUCCCUUUAUGACCCAGCCGGGUCA